AUGAAGCAGCGCAUUGAAUUCUGCCAGAACGUCCAACAUGAUUGUAUUGCAGGGCAGUGCGGCGCUACAGGCCGACGAAACAGAAAGCAGGAGCAACAAGAAUCCGGAAUUACGGAGCGAUUCAUAGAGCACAACGAACAAGAACAAAGCUACGUGAUAAACACCCAUGCCUUCCACAACGCCCAUCUAUUGCGUCGAUGUCUGCCGCGCUCGCUUUGGGAGCCAGCACCGUACUUUGAGGAUCGCAAGGCACAUCACUACACGGCUGCAAGGGAAUAUCAGAAGAGUCAGCAACACAAGCGGACAAAAGCUCUCUCACAGAAGAACACGACUUAG